AUGGCACCCUUGACACCCCGACUCAAGAUCCUUUCAGUGGGCGGCAACCCGGUAUCUGCAUUUCUGUCAUGGAGACUUCAGGCGUCUAAUGCCUGCGACGUCACUCUCGUCUGGAAGACCGGCUUCGAGCAUGUGUCGCAAUACGGGAUAUCCUUCAAGUCGGCCGACUUUGGCAACGAGCGGUUUAAGCCUCGGCAUGUUGUGCGGACUCCGGAGGAGGCUGCCUCUCGCCGAGAAGGCGCAUUCGACUACGUCAUACUCUGUAUAAAAGCGCUUCCUGACAUCUACGACUUGGCCUCGGUCAUCGAUGCAGUCGUUACUCCCCAGCACACAUGCAUCCUUGUGAACACAACACAUGCGCUCGGUCUCGAGUCGGCGAUUGAGGAGCGAUUCCCAACCAAUGUGGUCCUCUCGCUCGUCUGCGGCGCCGAGCUCGCCCAGCUCAGCGCAAGCGAGUUUGAGCACAAGAGCUCGACCCAAGUGUGGGUUGGACCAGCAAACGAGAACCCAAACAUCCCGCGCACGAUACAAGAAGACAUGGCGCAGGCUCUAGCCAUGACCCUGAACACCGGCCAAGUCGACUGCAAGGUGUCCCCUAACAUCCGUCAACAGCAGUACGAGCGGGUGAUUGGCCCAAUUGCCUUUCACCCUUUGACAGUAAUCUUCGAAACGCCCGAUUACGCUGCGCUGCUUGAGAAGGUCGGCGUGUCGAAACUCGUCUCCGAUAUCAUUGACGAGUUGAUCGCAUUGGCGGAAGCUCAGGGCUGCAAGUUCCCCCCCGAUUUCAAGCAAAACAUCAUCAAUGAGUAUUCCAAAUCAAGUGCCGAGAACAUCAUGUGGCAGGAUUACAUGGCGAGGCGGCCCAUGGAAGUUGAGACAUACCUCGGCUCCCCUAUCCGGUUAUCCCAAGAUGCAAAGGUUAGCGUGCCUCGGGUCGAGACUCUGUAUGCCAUCCUUCACAACCUUAACUUGGUCAACCGGAACCGGCCAAAGAUCGACACCUCGGUGCCAGCGCCAGCCCAGCCGGGAUCGCCCGCCGCUACUCCGUCCCCGCUUCCCCGGAUGUCGGCGCAAGGCCCUCCCCGACAGAUGCCCAACGGGAUGCCAAACGGAAACGGCAUGCCGCGAUCACGUCCGAGGGGCGGAUCCUCGAUGGGGCCACCGGGCCCAGGGAUGCGCCGCCCUCCGCCGCCGACGAAUGGUGGGCCGCCGAACGGCUAUCCGCGGCCGGGGCCAAAUUCACGUCUUCCGUCAAGGAGAGGCUCUAUGGAGGGCGCCGAUCUGGAGGAAUUCAGCCACCUUGUGCUCUACGAUGACAUCCCAGAAGGUGGCGAGGCCGGCUACGCCGCCCAUGAUCUCGCUCUGAGGGAAAAGGAGUUGCAACUGCGGCAGAAAGAACUUGCUCUCAAAGAGCAGGAAAUGAGGCUACGACGUGCCGGCCAGGGUAUGGGUCCGGGCCCGGGUCCCAGACGAGGGCCGUCUGCCCCGCCUUCGCGAGCCGGCGGUGGAGGCUUCGACGACGACGAUGACGACGACGAUGACUACUUCGACCCCCACUCCACAAUCGGAACGCCGAUGAUCGACCCUGAUAACUUCGACAUGAUGAGCGUUACCUCGAGGAAAAACCGCAAAGUCCUGGGCACCAACCCCGUGCAGUUCCGCAAGAAUCCCGAGCAGGAGGUCUCGUCCUUUCGCAGCAGGUUCCGACCUAGCUUUGGGAGGAAUCGGUCUAGCCAAGUCAUGGCGGCGCCACCCGUCAAUGCGGACAUUAUGGAUGAUCCCCUCCUAGGCUUCACUUCGAAUCGGUACGGGGACGUGGAUCGGGGGGCCAUGCAUGCCGCAGGCUCGAGAGCGAAUUCGCUCACAGCUGCCCGCCUAGACGAGCUACAAUACAGCCACGGACCUCCGCCCACGGGCGUGAACGGCGGCGGUCCACGCCGAGUAAGCGGGAACCCGUAUAGCCCGUCAAUCCGCGGCGGCGUCCCCGGCGGCCGCCCAUCGCCGCCGAAUGGUUUACCCCCCCAACAACAGAACGGUGGGCGGCCAUCACCGCCCGAGGGCGUCCAGCAGCCCAUGCCCCGUUACCCACCUGGUCACGGCAACAAUGUUGCGCCGCAUCAAGUCGAGCAGCACGCUGGGGUGAGCGCCCUCCAACCACCUAAGUCGAGAAGUGCACGAAGUCUGACCGGCAGUGCGAGCGCUAGCGCGGGCAGUGGUGAUUCCACAAAUCUCGAUUCGGAGCCGUCAGCUCACAGUAGCCAGACUAGCUUAGGUCCUCGCCCGCCGAUCGGCGUCCGCUGA